AUGCCUAUUGCUUUAACUCCAUACAACAACAACAGCAACUACAACAGCGACCUCCACGACGACAACGAAGAAGAGGAUCUUGAUUAUGACGCUCUCAACGUUGCAUUCAACGAUCUAUCUCCUAUUGGAAGUGACCGUAGCGAUAGCAGCAGCAGCGGCGACGACGGUGCCACUGCUACUACGAGUCAAGCUGGAGUAGUAGGAGGCAUCGUAGGAGGUGGCGCACCCUUGCAUCGUCAACGUCGAUUUUACCAGUUGGAUGUCCCACCAUGGCUUUUACGUACACCACCAAUAAUACGCCGCAGUAGUGCCGAUGAUGGUGUCAGCAGCGGAAGCGGCGCAGGUGGGGCAAAUGGAAAUGACACUCCUGUCGGGUCUUAUGACGACAGCAACACUACAAACAGCAACAACGACGUUGAUCUGUUGCAAGUGCCUCAUGAUCGAUCCUUUCAACAUCACAGCCGUCCACAGUCACCACACCAUCAGCGUCGUAUCUACGAACAACAUCCUCACCGUCAUCAUCAUCUUCAGAGUAAUCUUUCCAGUAUCGGUACUGGUAGUAGCAGUAGCACUAAUAGUAAUCGAGAUCCACGUCUGAUACGAAGAACACGUUCUCGAAUGAGUCCCUGGAUACGCCACCAUCAUCAACACCAUUAUCAUCAUUAUAGGAGUUACAACAACAACAACAACAACUGUGUCGGUGAAACAGCGGUUGAUUUAACCAGAUACAGCAAAAAGUCCGAACGGCGGUCGGUUUCAGAGCAUCAGGUACUGGACUUUGAUAUUGUCAUGGAUGAUGGCGGACAGUACCGGUACGAGUACGACGAUGGAGAUGACGACGGGAGCUCAUUGUUCGGUGUCGAAAAUAUCUUGCAAAACGAUGAUUCAGUCUAUUGCUCCGGAAGAAGUGGCACGAUCAAUAUCCUCAUGCAAUACUGCGGCUCGGCUGUGAACAAUCCGGUCAUGGCGGACAAGAGUUGCGUGAUUUCCCAGAUUGUAAUCAAAUCGCCGCAACAAGGAUUUACUGCACCAUGCAAAGAAGGUCUCUUUUUCGUUUCAUAUAACCCAAUCGACAUUGACAGUACUGCAAAAUUCGAUCAUUUCACAAAAAACGAUUAUGAGAGAUACGUGCGAUUAAAGGGUGGUCUUGAUUGUCUUGAUGAUACGGAUCCAGUAGCGUGGUUCAGCAUGUCGAGCAAUAGACAGGAUAGUGUGCAUCUCGACGACAGGGUCGGAAAAUACGUACUGAUCAAAUUGCUAAGAGCUGAAGGAGACUCGGAAAACAUUGAUCUGCAAUAUGUUGCCGUCAUUGGUUAUUCCGGUGCUCGAGCAUUUGCUGGUGCACGCAUCUGUUGA